AUGAAUAUGUUUCUUCUGGCUGGCCUCGCAUUCGCUAUUUGGCAUCACCUCUACUAUCACAGGCUAGAUGGUAGAAUCGUCACGGAAUCGAAGGGAACCUUUGAUGUAUCGAAUCAGGAAUGGCAUGCCGGAUUCGGCACUGCGCUCGCAUUUUUGACGAAGAGUUGCUUUGCAGCAUCUAUCACGAUGGCCUAUAAACAAUAUGCAUGGGUACAAAUGCGAUCUCGUAGCUAUUCGGUCGGUGGCCUCGAUGCCAUCUUUGCGGCAACUUCGGACCUUUCAGCCUAUAUCAGUCCUGAUUUCAUCAUUCAUUCCAGACUUGCUGCUCUUGUUGCUAGCUUCACUUGGAUCAUGCCUUUUGCUGCCCUUGUUACCCAAGCCACACUGACUGUUGUCCCAUCUUCAAAAGUCACUUCCAAUUUCUCCCUAGUCCCUGGGCUAAACUUCUACGACCCUACAAAUUUUCAAUCUUCCGGCCUUGACUCUGACGUCUCACCCGUCCUCAGCCGCAUUUUGGCGGCAGCAAUUUCCAUCCCAGGUAUCCUGCCAAUGAACCCCAUCUACGCCAACAGCACGUAUAAUAUGACCUUCCUCGGACCAGCCCUUCACUGCAUUCAGCCCACUGAUAACGAGACUCUAUCUGCUCUCAAAGAUGCGUUCGACAAUGAAGGCAGGCUAUACGGGUCAUCGGGCGGAGGCACCAUAUACCUAUCGUAUCAGAACGAUAGCGCACUCUGGUUUCGCUUACUCUAUGAAUCCCUCACCUGCAAUCUCCGAAAUCACACCUACAAUGUCCAGUUUUCCGCAUCUGCUUCAACACAAAUCAUAAUUGAAACCCCCACCCACCAAUUCGAUGAUGUUGGCUCCAGGCUAAGCAUUUCCUACAACGCUUACCUCCAAGCUCUAACAAAUGUGUUCAAUGGCUCCAUCGUCAUCUACGUCAAUGCUCCACAAGGCCAGACAGCAGACUCUGCUUACGCGGCCAUCGGCUCAUAUGAAACACGUGUUGCUGACACCGCACUCAUAAGUCUCAUUGUAGAUGCUAUUGACAAGGCAGCUAGCUCUCCGGCGGCCCCGUUCGGAGCGAGUGUCGCCUCGCUUCAGGUGCAACUUUCUGAGGUGGACAGGAACCUAGCAAGGAAUAUGACCUUUGCAGAACUGAUGGAGGAAAUAGCGAGAAAUGCCACGUUGAGUUUAUUUAGCGAUAGCCGAUUCUGGGCGAAAGAGAGGAAUUUGGUGGAUGUGGCGACUACGAUUCCGGUGAAUAGGCAUUUCUAUGACCAACGCAAUUUGUUACUUGCGUACGGUAUUGCCUUCGGUGUAUCAUUGGUCUGCCUUUCUCUUGGUAUUUGGGCGCUUUAUGAUAAUGGUGUGAGUCAUGGGAUGGCAUUCUCGUCAAUCCUGGCUGCUACGCGCAACAGCCAGGUGAACGAGAUUACAAACUGGAAUACUUUGGGGGCCGAGCCAAUGAGCGAAACGACACUGCAAGCCAAGCUUAUGUUCGGCGUACUGCUUCAUGAACAAAUAGGCUGUUCUGAGGACAAUAAGCCUGAGAAUGUGGAAGGCGGAUAUUACGCUGCGUUUGGGCCUCCUGAGAAGAUAAGCCGUAUAAAGAAAGGGAUGGUGAUCAUUUGA